AUGGUUGAAUCAAUCAUUGGCAUACGUGGUAAAGAUUUCAUAUUAUUAGCUCAAGAUGCAAACACGACAAAAUAUGGCAUUUUAAAUAUGAAAUUUGAUACAAAUCGUUUAUUUAAAUUAUCCGAACAUUGUGCUAUGUUAGCUUCCGGUGAACCUGGUGACGUUGUUCAAUUUGCUGAAUAUGUCGGCAAAAAUAUUCAGUUGUAUAAAAUGAUUAAUGGCAUUGAAUUAUCUCCGUAUGCAUGUGCAAAUUUUACUCGACAUGAAAUGGCAUAUUCAUUACGUUCACGAAAUUCAUAUUUAGCCAAUUUAAUAAUUGGUGGUUUUAGCACAAACGAUAGUGAUCAACAAAAAGCACAAUUAUUUGCGAUCGAUUAUUUGGGUGCCAUGAUAUCAGCCAAUGUUGUUGCACAUGGAUUUUGUCAAUUUUUUGCAUUAGGAGUUGGUGAUAAACUAUGGAAAGAAAAUAUGACAUUAGAAGAAGGUUUACAUAUGUUACAAAUAAUUGUCAAUGAGUUGGGUAAACGUAUGGCUGCAUAUCCACAUUGUGUAUUUGUACGUGUUAUUAAUAAAGAUGGUAUACAAGUAUUGGACAAUAUGUAUCCGGAUAAAAUUCAAGUUCAAAAACCAGGCGAAGCGGAUUUGUUAACAUCAGCUGAUAUGAUGGAUAUUCAUACCUAG